UCCCAUCCUGAGUGAGUGGUGCCCAGGUGUAGACUGUCCACGUGAGGUACCGGGACACAGCCAACAUGAACUGGGCGUUUCUGCAGGGCCUCCUGAGCGGCGUGAACAAGUACUCCACGGCACUGAGCCGCAUCUGGCUGUCCGUGGUCUUCAUCUUCCGCGUGCUGGUGUACGUGGUGGCGGCCGAGGAGGUGUGGGACGAUGAGCAGAAGGACUUCGUCUGCAACACCAAGCAGCCCGGCUGCCCCAACGUCUGCUAUGAUGAGUUCUUCCCCGUGUCCCAUGUGCGCCUCUGGGCCCUGCAGCUCAUCCUGGUCACGUGCCCCUCGCUGCUGGUGGUCAUGCACGUGGCCUACCGCGAGGAGCGCGAGCGGAAGCACCGCCUGAAACACGGGCCCAACGCCCCGUCCCUGUACGACAACCCAAGCAAGAAGCGGGGCGGACUCUGGUGGACCUACCUGCUGAGCCUCAUCUUCAAGGCCGCCGUCGACUCCUGCUUCCUCUACAUCUUCCACCGCCUCUACAGGGACUACGACAUGCCCCGCGUGGUGGCCUGCUCCGUGGCGCCUUGCCCUCACACUGUGGACUGUUACAUCUCCCGACCCACGGAGAAGAAGGUCUUCACCUACUUCAUGGUGACAACAGCUGCCAUCUGCAUCCUGCUCAACCUCAGUGAGGUCUUCUACCUGGUGGGCAAGAGGUGCAUGGAGAUCCUUGGACCCAGGCGCCGGCGGUCUCGGCUCCGGGUUCGUCUACCCGACACGUGCCCACCAUAUGACCUCUCCCAGGGAGGGCACCCCGAGGACAAGAACUCUGUCCUAUUGAAGGCCGGGUCAGCCCCCAUGGAUGCAGGUGGGUAUCCAUAAUCUGCGAGGUUGGCAGGCAGGAUCCCCAGGCUGCCCCCACAUGUUCCCCAAGGCCACCCAAGAAGAUGGGCAAGGGCAGUGGCAUCUUUUCUGUAGCAGGGCAGGUGAGGAGGGUGGCUGUGGGGCUCAGAAAGCUCACAUGGGGACAGUGUCAGGGACAGGUUGGUCCCUGGGUUCCGAGCCUCAGGGGAGGGAGGCCAAUGGCUAGCGGGAGUUUGUAUAUGGCGAUAGGGGAUGUCAAAACCCUUAAUAGAUGUGAUUUUCCCCGUA